AUGGCCGACGAAAAGCCCCAGUGCGGCAGUGAGGCCGAUGCUGCUGUCUACGACUUUCCCCUGCACGUGGCUGCAGUUUUCAUUGUCUUCUUUGCUUCCAUCUUUGGUGCCGGCUUCCCAGUCGUGGCCAAGAAGAUCAAGUGGAUGAAGAUUCCUCCUCCAAUCUUCUUCUUCUGCAAGCACUUUGGUACUGGUGUUUUGAUUGCAACUGCUUUCGUUCAUCUUUUGCCUACUGCCUUUGCAUCGCUCAAUGACCCAUGCUUGCCCGAUCUUUUCACCGACGACUACCCUGCCCUGCCAGGUGUAAUCAUGAUGGGUUCGCUCUUUGUUCUCUUUGUCGUUGAGAUGUGGCUGCACGAGAAGACAGGUGGUCACAGCCACGGUGGCGCAACGGGCGAGGCUUUCAACGCAGGACAUGGCGCUGCCGCCGGAGUCCAGGCCAACUUCAACAACCCCAUUCGCCGCGUCGAGAGCUACGAUUCCCAGAGGACCAUGGCCCAGCAAAACGAGAAGCGUGGAUGGGCCGAGGAAAACACCUACCCAGUCGACAACUUCCCAUUCCCCAAGAAUGGCAGUGACGAGCUUGACGCCAAGUCUGAGAUGCCACCGUGGUUCAUCGUCUUCUAUGAGCAAUACGUGCGCCAGCGCGACGAGAUGCUCGCGACCAUCAACCGUGCCAUGCCCGCCAUGCCCAACUACCAGCAACAACAAGCAGCCCAAGCACAACAGACCAACUCGUACUUUGACGACGACGUCGAGCAAGCUGUUGACCCGAUGGUCCUCAAGAAGCAGUCCAUGCAAAUUACGCUUAUUGAGGGUGGUAUUCUUUUCCACUCCGUCUUCGUCGGCAUGACCAUCUCCAUCACUGCCGAGGGUUUCAUCAUCCUGCUCAUCGCCAUUGUUUUCCACCAAAUGUUUGAGGGUCUCGGUCUUGGAACGCGUAUCGCCGAUGUCCCCUACCCCAAGAACAGCUGGAAGCCAUGGGCACUCGUUGUUGCUUUUGGUACUACCGCCCCCAUUGGCCAGGCUAUUGGUCUCUUCACCCGAGGAUCCUAUGACCCCAACUCGGCCUUUGGACUCAUCAUUGUGGGUGUCUUCAAUGCCAUCUCCUCGGGUCUUCUCAUCUACGCUGCGCUUGUCGAUCUGUUGGCAGAGGAUUUCUUGUCCGAGGAGGCAUCCCAUACCAUGACUGGAAAGACCAAGACAACAGCUUUCAUCUACGUUCUCAUGGGAGCAGCUGGCAUGUCUAUUGUCGGAGCGUUUGCAUAA